AUGGCCUCAACGGUGUCUGACAUUUCGUCGCAAGCGUACUGGUUUAGUCGCAGCGGACGCUACGACGAGCUGCUAGUCGAUGGAUCUGGAGAUAACGUUGCAAUUCCGGUUCAGGCAGUGGCGCAGUCCGACCUGGGUCCCCUGCUUACCUCCCUGGAGGCCCCUCAUCGCUGCUGGGCCACUACCAGCAAGUUCACGGCUAAGAGCGGGGAGAUGUGUCUGCUGCCGGACCCGCAGGGCGGCCUGUCCCGGGUGCUGCUGGGUUUGGGCCCCAGCCCCUCCUCCGUCCCCUGGCCGUACGCCGUACUUGCCAAGCUACCUGGGGGGACUUACCGACUUGCGCAGUCGGACAGCGGCGGCGCUGACGGCGCUGACGGCGCUGACGGCGCUGUUGCUGAAGCGGCGGAGCGGGCGACCCUGGGGUUCUUGCUGGGGCACUAUGCUUUCGAGCGUUACAAGGGCCCUAGGGGGCCCAGGGGGGUUGCGGCGGCGGCGGCGGCGGAGAGGCGCGGUGGGGGCGAGGAGCCCCGAGGGGGGGAGGUUGGUGUGGAGGGCGCGGAGGGCGCGGAGGGGGAGCCCAAGGCGCGGUUGGUGUGGCCGGCGGGCUGCCGCAGCACCUACCUCAACUGUGUGGAGCUCCUGCACCUCCAUGAUAUGGGCGGUGCGGCGCUGGUCCUGGCCCUGGCUCACCUGGUCAUGAGCUGCCGGCUCCGCGUCCGGCUGCUGGUGCUGAUACCCGCUGUGGAGAACAGCGUGUCGGGGAACAGCUACCGCCCGCUAGACGUGCUGAGGACCCGCGCGGGGAUAUACGUGGAGUCCGACCCCCUCUGGCGACUGCCCCUGCACCCCCCCUACCGGCGCCUGUUGGACUCCAAGGUGGCGGACCUGGCCUCCACGGGCCCGGGGGACGGACUGGCGGGAGCCAUACUGGCGGCCCUGUUCCUGCAGGAGUUCGUGCAGGGGGCACAGAGGUGGGUUCACAUCGACACCAGCGCCUUCACCGCGGGCAGUGCGGUGGUCCCUGGGCGACCGGAGGGCGGGGAGGCGCAAGCGCUGCGGGCGGUGUGGCGCAUGCUGCAGUACCGGUACGGCACCCUGUUAGAGCAGUGA